GAUCGCCGCCUCCGCCUCCGCCCGCGCUGAGGAGCCUGGAGUCCGCGGCGCCGGCCUGGGGCUGCGCGAUGGGGACUUAGCGCCACGGCGGCGGCAGUGGCCGCAGCGCACCCGGCCGCCGCCCCCGGGCCCGUCCCGCCGGGAGCGCGGGGCGCGGCCAGCCCGCCCCGGAGCCAGGCCCGCGGGCGGCGGCGGCGGCGGAGCUGGGCAGGUGGAUGCGGCUGGAAGAUGGCGCCCUCGGGCCCGGGCAGCGUCAGGCGGCGCUGCCGGCGGGUGCUCUACUGGAUCCCGGUGGUGUUCAUCAGCCUCCUGCUCGGCUGGUCCUACUACGCCUACGCCAUCCAGCUGUGCAUAGUGUCCAUGGAAAACGUUGGAGAACAAGUUGUGUGCCUGAUUGCUUAUCAUCUACUGUUUGCAAUGUUCGUCUGGUCGUACUGGAAAACUAUCUUUACAUUACCCAUGAAUCCUUCAAAAGAAUUCCAUCUGUCUUAUGCAGAGAAAGAGUUGUUGGAGAGAGAGCCAAGAGGAGAAGCCCACCAGGAAGUUCUUCGGCGAGCAGCCAAAGAUCUCCCCAUCUAUACCAGGACCAUGUCUGGAGCAAUCCGAUAUUGUGAUAGAUGCCAACUGAUAAAGCCAGACCGCUGCCAUCACUGUUCCGUCUGUGACAAAUGUAUUUUGAAGAUGGAUCAUCAUUGCCCAUGGGUGAACAACUGCGUUGGAUUUUCAAAUUAUAAAUUUUUUCUCCUUUUCCUGGCUUAUUCUCUGCUCUACUGCCUUUUUAUUGCUGCUACAGAUUUACAGUAUUUUAUCAAAUUUUGGACAAAUGGCCUACCCGAUACUCAAGCCAAGUUCCAUAUUAUGUUUUUAUUCUUUGCUGCAGCUAUGUUUUCUGUCAGCUUGUCUUCUCUGUUUGGCUAUCAUUGUUGGCUAGUCAGCAAAAAUAAAUCUACAUUAGAGGCAUUUAGAAGUCCUGUAUUUCGACAUGGAACAGAUAAGAAUGGAUUCAGCUUGGGUUUCAGUAAAAACAUGCGACAAGUUUUUGGUGAUGAGAAGAAGUACUGGUUGCUCCCCAUUUUUUCAAGUCUAGGUGAUGGCUGCUCCUUUCCAACUUGCCUUGUUAAUCAGGAUCCUGAACAACCAUCUACUCCUGCAGGAUUGAACUCAACAUCAAAAAAUUCUGAAAACCAUCAGUUCCCAGCAAAGCCCUUGAGAGAGUCCCAGAGUCACCUUCUCACGGAUUCCCAGUCUUGGACAGAGAGUAGUGCAAACCCAGGAAAAAUCAAAGCUGGUAUGAGCAAUCCUGCAUUAACCAUGGAAAAUGAGACUUAACUCUUCAAACAAAAUAAAUUCAUACUUUAUGAAAGCAUCAGCGCUGCAGGUGUAUGGAAGAGGCUUCCCAUAGGAAGGCACCACAGGCCUGUGGUUCCCACUUCUCGGUGGCUGGAUAUGCAGAAUAUGAAUUGGUUAGUUCUCUCCAAGCCGUUGCUUAAAAUAUAACACAUUUUUUAAAAAUCCAGUAUACAGAUUGUUUCAACUAACACAGAUUCCUGUUAAAUAUUAAAAGUAAUUACAGUUUAUGAAUCAAGGGCAAAAAUAUCCUCUAUCAUAAAAACUUGGAAUAAAUUCAUGGGCUAGUUUUCACCCAAAUAUUUGGGUAGUAUAGUGUAUACACAUAGAAAGCCCAUUAACCAUCUGAUUUUCUGAUACAGAAAAUUGAGACUAUUAAGGUAUUGAAAUUUAGAAGAUUUCAAAUUACAGUAUAAUGAGAGCUUUACUUAAAACCUGUUAGUUACCAAUGACGGGAGGUAGCCUGUCGGACUUGUUUCUUCUCUCUGCUGUGAAUCCAGCCCCAGACAGAGUGAACUCUAAGGACUAUGAAUUCAUUGCAAAUUUUGAGUGGCCUAUGCUUGAAGACUGCCAUCAUUUUUUGCCAGACUUUAAUUCUAGUCUUUGUUCCCUGCUGGAAAAUAUAAGUGUGAUCAUUGACUGAAGACUGAGCUCGCUGAUAAGCAACUAGCUAGCAAAUUUGUUGUCACAACUAAUACGUUUCUAUUACAUCCAUGAUAUAUUUUUCAUCUCUUCCAAUCUUCUUAAACUGGGACAAAAUCUAUAAAAACAAUUAUGAUUAGUUUAUGAUGUUUUUUCACCAAUAUGGCUUUUUUGAAAAUCUCAGGUUUUUUUGUUUUUUUUUUUUAGGUUAUUUAUUCUACUGAACAGAGCAAAAGUAUUGAAUUUGUUUAGCAUUCCCAAUGGGCCAAUAGAUUAAUCCUCCGUUGGUGUCUAUAUUAUUUGUGUCCCCCCCUCAUCAAAAGUAUGACAGUUAAACUUUAUAGUUCUUCAAAUACUUAAGAUUAAAUUAUGCAAAUCAUUAAAAAAAAUCCUCAGAAAUUUAGUUCAGCCUGAACUAAAUGGCGCACAGUUCGGAAAUUGAGUUUAAGGUAAACUAACGUGGUGUGUGUGUUAAUGCCAAAACGCUCGGCUUCAGUAAAUAUACUAGGAAGCUCUUGUGCCUUGUACGCACUAUUUGAAAAGGUUUUAAUUCGUUUUUUGAGUGGAGUGUAAGUUUUGUAAAUGUUAGAGAUUAGAAUAAGCUUAAACAGUUUCUGGUACUGCUUUUGAGAUUUUAAAGCAGAUUAUCUUUUAAAACGUAACACAGUUAAGGAACCAGUAUUUAAUCAAAGAGAAAAUGGUAUUACACUUUUCAAAAUCUGAAUUAGACAAAAGUGCAACACUGAAGAGACCAGGAAACUGGAGGAUAAUGGAGUAAAAAGAUCCUUGCCAUUACUUCUUUCGAAAAAUAGAAAGUUUAUAUUUGAAUGAGUUUAUGAAAGGACCAGUGUCAGGCAAGUCCCUUUUAUAGAUCAUUUGAGUGCAAUUCUUUGAACAGUAGGGCGGCACUCUUUCAGAUUUUUUUGGUUAAACCUAAAGACUUUGAUCUGACAAUCUGUUUCAGGAAAUCUCAGAAGAUAUGAUGCAUUUUUACUUAUUACUUUCAAAGCAUUUUUGGUCAUCAUUUUUUACCACCUGAAGUGCCAGGUUGGAACCUAUAGCUACUGCUACGAGCCUUAAGGGCAACAGCAUCACGUGAUGUAAUAAGAACUACGUGCAGCCAGGUUUUGCAAAGCACAGUACUAUAGCCAUUCUCUUGGGACCGAAUUUUGUGAGGUGUUCCUUCUUGUCAAAAUAGAAGCUAAGAAAAAAAGUGCGGUUUUUAUUGCUUACCUUGCUAGACUACUAUUAAAAUUCCCCCCCUUUAGGUCUUUUGUGUAAUUAUUGCUAUACAUGAAGAGUCGAUACACAUUAGAAUCAGUUGAAAAAAAUUUUUACAAAUAAAUUUUUUUCCAUUAAGUUGCAGUGGUUCCCUUUUUGUUUCCAUACAGUGAACAAUCUUUCAAGGUGUUUUUUUGUUUUUGUUUUUUUUUAAUCUCGGUGGUCAGAAUUUUUAGAGAUGAUGGCAUAUCUCUUUAGAUAUGCAGUGUAAAGUUUACCUGAGUGAAAAAAGCAUCAGAUAGGACUACAUUUUUGUACAUAUUUAUAAAAUGUACCUUAAAAACAUUUUAAGCAUUUUGCUUUAAAAAACUUAAUUGCUCAACUCAGACUUGAAGACAUUUAUACUUCAGCUGUCCUAAUAGUCCACUUGUUAAUUUUGAUUUUUCCUGUUUUUAGAAAUUCUGCCAUAUAGAUAACAUUUUUAAGAUUUUUUUUAAAAAUAUUGUGCAAAUACUUCAUAUACUUUAGUUAACUAUUUGCCAUUGUGCAGUGAAGAGGGUUUGUAUUUUCAAAGAUAACACUAUUGCAUCUGUUAAUGAUGAGACAUUCAAGGCAGUGCUUAUCCAUGAAUUCCCUCCUGUUUUACCGUAAUAAAGUCUGGUUGAUCACCAUUAUUAGCUGUCUAUAUGAAAUUGCCUUUGCAUUGACAAUCGAAAUUGCUUUCAAGAUACACUUUUCCUAAUGGUCUACCAGAGCUACUACAGACAAAACUGAUCUACAAUCUGGCCAUAACAAAGGUCGUUUGAGAAGAGGUGGAUGACAGCACGAGAUCAUGAUUUAUUAGUAAAGUGAUUCUGAGGACAAUUAGAAACAUACUGUAAAACACGAGUACGCUGCGUUCAUUUCAACAGCUAAGUAUGGGAAAUAUGGCAUGUUUGACAAAAACUACCGUCUCUAGAAAAAUCAAAGGAUUUAUAAAACAUGUUCUUGAAAAAUGACGUUAUUAAUCGUGUGAUUCAUGCUUUGAGAAAACAACCUGUGAAAAACUUGUUAGUCCAUUCUAUUAAAAAAUAGCAGAUUUUCCCUCUUUUGAAAUACAUAUGUCCCCUGGUAUAAUGUUCAGUGUAUUUCCAUCCUCAAAAAGAGGAUGUACAUUCGAGGAUGUUUUACCGUAAUACACGCCAGGUUACUAAGAGCUCAUCCCUUAAUUGUUCUCCCACCAACAAAAAGUUCAAAUAUGACCAUCUCGGCAAAAGACAACCGCAGAUCGCUUGCAGCUUCUUCACAAAAACAAAAUUGGGGACAGUGCCCAGAGAGACCUUUGAUGUUCUUGUUUGUAGCCAGCAUUCGGUCUUUAUCAGCUUACAGUUGGGGGAAAAUGUCUGUUAAGAGGAUGUAUCUUCUGAGUGGACUUAUUUCUGAGUACUAGGGAAACCAAAGGAGGCCUUGUGAGAAGUGAUUUUAAGCUCUGGCUUGCGCUGUGAAGGAGCUCCUCAGUACUCGGAAAGGACGGGACGCUUUUAUGAUUGAUUAAAAACUAUCAUUUACAUUGCAUCUUCCAGGGAAGGUUCUCCAGUGUUAGGAGCUCUUCGGAUCUGAAUUUAUUAAUACUUAAUAGUUCUUGUUUGACAGAUAAAGGUGCUUCAUUAAAAUGAGAAAAAAUGUUCCAAAGUAGAAUUCUGUUGAUGCUGAAUUAAAAUUGUUGUCACAGA